CAAUGACCGCAAAGAAUGAACAAUAGGAAGCGAGGGCCGAACGAGGAUAGGGAUUUGAGAUGCAUCUAGAUAUAUAGUCCAACUAGUACAAGGAAGUGAUUCAUUCUCACUGUAAACAUCUUAAAACUGCCUUCAAAAUGGAGAGCAAGCGAAUACCAAAGUACUUCCAACUAUUUGUGAUCAUUUCUGUGUUAAUAAUAGCCGUAUAUUCGGUUUGUCUGACGGUAUUUGUCUUUGUGCUGGCUCGUGAUAACCGGGAUUUACAGACGUACGCCACACGUCUUAAACAGCGUUUAAAUUACAUCGAGCAAAUCGUCAAGACUCCAGAGACAUCGCCAUCACCUUCUACACAGAGCCCUAAUGCCAGCCCUAAAGUGGAGCGCCUGUCUAACAAGGUGGCCAUGUCUACUGGCGAGAAUCUGGAAGGAAGAAACAGGCGAGAUCAAUCAAGGUCUUGUAACGGAUGCAAAGGAAGGAGAGGGAAGAAAGGAAGAAAAGGAGACAAAGGUGAUCCUGGUCCACAAGGUCCUAAAGGAGAACAAGGUCCUCCGGGUCCGAGUGGACUAAGAGGCCAGCCAGGCCCUCAAGGGGCUCAAGGAAAAGAUGGCCCUCCAGGACCACAGGGACUCCAGGGGCCACAAGGACCCAAAGGCGACCCCGCUCCUAGAGAAAACAAUACCGUGAUGGCCGAAAUUGCUCAUUUGGUUGGAGACGGACACCGAAAAAGACAUGCAGGUGUUGUAAAGUACUGGAAAAUGAAACACAAUAAAGGGUCUCUGCAAUACAACGAGCACACAGGAGAAAUAACGAUCGGUCGCACUGGUUACUACUAUCUGUACAGUCAGAUGUAUUACUAUGAUGGCACUACACUUCUGCUCAACCACUACACACUAAUCAACGGUGCUAGGGUGAUGGGUAGUGCGUCCAGUGUUGUUAGUGCUCUUAGGAAGUACAACACUAACUACCAUGGUGGGCUUCAUUUACUCAAUAGAGGCGACAAGAUAUCGAUAUCGGUAUUUAUUAGCAAGGUGUAUCUCAUGAAACCAGAAUAUAGUUUCUUUGGGUUAUUCAUGGUACAUGCUGCAAUGCCAGUCACAAGCCUAACCAAAAGCAUGCCUGAGAGAACUAUGAUAACUACUAACUCCAAUAGAGGCUCAGACUUGGCUCUGUGCUUUACUGUGACUGUUUUGCUGUUGUUUGUCGUGUGUACCACAGUAUUCAUGGCACUACAGUCUAGGCAGACAGUAGCACAAUCUAGAAGGAUUGAUAAGCUUGAGAAGCUUACUGAACAGCUCUAUCAACGCAUUCAAACUCUAGAAAGACGACUUGCAGCUAGUAACUCUCCUGGGAGCGACCAGGGCAAGGAGAAAGAUAAGUCAGUUAAAUCUGACAAAUUGGAGCUCUUCAAUAAGAACAAGGCGGCACCAGAAUCAGACAGAAGAAGUAGAAGACAAUUCAGCUCAUUCUGCCCUUGUAUUCAAGGUCCUCCUGGUCCACCAGGACCUCCGGGAGACCCCGGUAAAAAGGGACAAAACGGAUCACCGGGUCCUCCAGGACGUCGAGGAAAGCCCGGUAGGGAUGGAGUCAAUGGAAGCACUGGAGCACAAGGUCCAAAAGGAGAGCAAGGACCAGCGGGCCUUCCUGGGAUUAACGGAACUGUUGGACCUAAAGGAGACAAAGGAGAAACCGGUAUAAGGGGUCCUCCAGGACCAUUGGUAUCAGAAAGUAUCCAUCUCGUUGGGAAUGGAGGAAAGGUUAUCCAACCAGAUAAAUCGCAAAGCGUAAUGGGAUGGAAAGUCGAACAUCAGCAGGGCAGCAUUCAAUACCGUGAAGUAGUGGGUGCAAUAGUGGUCGCAAAGCCAGGAAUGUACGUCAUCUAUUCCCAGAUGUAUUACUUUGACCGUACCACUCCUAUAAUGGGGCACUAUACGUACAUCAACAACGACAGGGUCAUGGAGAGUGUCGGCAGUGUCAUCAAUGAUAGUUACCGAAAAUUUUCCACCAAAUAUCAUGGUGGAGUGUUCAGACUUCAAGUAAAUGACCGAAUACAGGUGCGGGUACCGUCUUCACACAAAGAUUACUAUAUGGGACCUACAUAUAGCUUCCUUGGUGCAUAUAGGAUUGGAGCGUAGGGGAGGGGGCAUUACGCAUGCGCAGGAUAUUUAUCACCGCUGACUGUAAGAUAACACUUCUGACAAAGGGAAUGACUCCUUGAGAUUGAAGACGAUGUAAAUAUAGGCUUUGGUCACCGAUUGAUUUAUUGUAUUAAUACACCCUAUUAAUACCCUCGUGAUCGCACGAGGCCACUAAAAAGCCAUUGACAUAAAUUAGUUCAUUAAGAUUUCAUUUAUCGUAGGAAAAAAAGCGAUAGAAAUCAUGAUCCAUUGCGGAAUGCUUAAGAUGCUCCCUCACGGUUUGAGACGUUUAAAUAUAAAAUAUGAAACCUUUACUGCGAGGCUUACAAGAAUAGAGCAAAUUAAGGUGAACUAUAAAAGUCUUAACCUCAGUUCUGUAACCCUCGAAGUUUGACCUAACUUUAAUUACUAUUUCCAAUCUUUCGAAUUUCUCUAACAAAAUGCAUGCUCCCUUUUUGAAGGCGGGCUAGUCGAUUAAACAUUUGCAUUUAUAUACCUAAAAUAGAAAGCAAGAAGUGACCUAGCAAUAAGACAACAUAGCUAUAUAGCUAGAUAAAAGAUGAGAGAGACUAUUUAAAGCUGUAAUUGUAAUUUAUAUGCAGUUCAACGCGUCUACAUUGAUAUCAUAUAUAAUUAAACUGGUGGCAAGCAGUUACCACGCUAAUUAAGUAGAAUCUGCAACUGGGUAUUUAAUAAUUUGCUCGAAAAGACUGAACUAGUUCUGUUUUUAAUUCAUCAUGGAAAUAAGAAGUGCGUCGACAAAGGAAAAAACAUCGGUUGUAAAUCGUACAGGGGCUUCGAACAGCAUAGUAGCGUGCGAUGCGAGUCAGCGGUUGCAUCUCAUAUUGGAUCUCGCAAUCGCAGACCGCCAAGCAGCGAAGGUGGCUUUAUAACGAGCAAAAUCCUAAUAACUUUGUCCAAUUUAUCUAUUAACCGACAAAAUAAAGCAAGUUUAAGCUAACAAAUAAAAGAAUCUUACCAUCACUGAAUUUA